GUCUACCUUCGCUGAGCUUGCGGCGCGAUCGCCAGAUAGACCGAGCCAGUCGUACGUUCAUCGUCCUGGAGAACGGUGUGCUCGCGCCUCGUCCCGCAGGUACCAAUAGCGCCGUGUCGUCCUUCAGUGUCGUCGUACAGAUACAAGGUCGCGAGUGCAACAGCGAUUGCAUUUAGUCGCUGUGGACCCGCGCACAUCUCGAGCGGAUGUGACCUGACGCGCGAUGUGUGCAAGCUGAGCUUCUCCUGAAGAUCGCGACUAAAUCACCGGGGGAUUAGACCAAGCGACAAACAUGGACUGGGAGGUGCGAGCGGCGUCACUGAUUCUCUGCUUGGGAAUUCUGCUCGCGACGAUACAAGAUGGAAUCGCCGAACGUAGGAUUGUCUGUUAUUACACGAAUUGGUCGGUGUAUCGACCCGGCACAGCGAAAUUCUCUCCUCAAAACAUAAAUCCAUAUCUUUGCACUCACCUGAUCUAUGCUUUCGGAGGUUUCACGAAAGAAAACGCGCUGAAACCGUUCGACAAGUAUCAAGACAUCGAGAAAGGCGGAUACGCGAAAUUUACGGGUUUGAAGACCUACAAUAAGAACUUGAAGACGAUGCUGGCGAUCGGCGGCUGGAACGAGGGCUCCAGCAGAUUUUCACCGAUGGUGGCCGAUCCCGCGAGGCGGCGGGAGUUCGUCAAGAACGCCGUCAAGUUCCUCAGGCAGAAUCAUUUCGACGGCCUCGAUCUCGACUGGGAGUAUCCGGCUUUUAGAGACGGCGGAAAGCCGCGAGAUAAGGACAAUUACGCCAACUUGGUGCAGGAACUUCGCGAGGAGUUCGAGCGUGAGUCCUCGAAGACCGGAAGACCGAGAUUGUUGCUGUCGAUGGCGAUGCCCGCCGGCGUUGAGUACAUUGACAAGGGUUACGACGUACCCAGACUGAACGAAUACUUGGAUUUCAUCAAUCUACUCUCUUACGAUUAUCACUCGGCGUACGAGCCUGCUGUCAAUCAUCAUUCGCCGUUGUAUCCUCUGGAGGAAGACAACGAGUACAAUUACGACGCGGAAUUGACUAUCGAUUAUACAAUCAAUUAUUUGCUGGAGAAAGGUGCGUCCGCGGAUAAGGUCGUUCUUGGAAUACCAACGUACGGUCGGUCGUACACGUUGUUCAACCAAGAUGCAACUGAACUCGGAUCGCCAGCGGAUGGUCCGGGCACCGAAGGAGAGGCCACUCGAGAGAAAGGCUACCUUGCCUAUUAUGAGAUUUGCGAAAGUAUAGCGGAAUCCGAUGAGUGGGUGGUCGUUCAGCCAAAUCCCAAAUCUAUGGGACCAUACGCCUUCAAGGGCAAUCAAUGGGUAGGAUACGAUGAUGAGGACAUAGUGAAAUUGAAAGCUCACUACGUAAACGAAAAAAAAUUGGGAGGCAUUAUGUUUUGGUCAAUAGACAACGACGAUUUUCGUGGCAAAUGCAGCGGCCGACCAUAUCCAUUGAUCGAAGCUGCCAAAGAAACAUUGCUUACAGAUAAUAGCAGGAAUACCAUCGACAAGAUAAAAUCAGCAGACAGUCGAAAAAAGAUUCGCACUCAAAGUACUCAGAGCAACAUUCGUAAGUCGAGUACAAGCAGCCGAAGAAGUAGCACUACAUCGGCUCCGAUUACAAGCAAACGUGUAUCUUCUUCAAGACCAAAAUAUCGUAUCAAUCCACAAGCGAGUAAGGAGGAACAGGAUGAUCGGGAGGUAUCGAGGAGAUCGUACGAUCCGUCAUCCAACGAUGACGCAGAGACUCGAAAUACCGUAAGAGUCACAGAAAAAACUGAGCCACCGAAAAAUCGAAACAGGAGUAAAACGCAAAGCGGUACUACCGAUAGCACCCGUAGCACCCGUAGAAAGCAGUCCAGACGAAAGGGACAAAGUAAGACUGGCGAGAACGAGGAAUCCUUGAGCAACAAGCUAACAACCCCCGAGCCACCAACGACACCCGAUCCAGGAACCGACUUUAAAUGCGAGGACGAAGGUUUCUUCCCACAUCCUCGAGAUUGCAAGAAGUAUUUCUGGUGUCUUGAUAGUGGUCCGAGUGGACUUGGCGUAGUUGCACAUCAGUUCACCUGUCCUUCAGGUUUGGUAUUCAAUAAGGCCGCCGAUUCUUGUGACUAUCCACGUAACGUAAUUUGUCCUAAGGCAUUGAAAGCAUCGCUCGCCUCGACCACCAGAUCGCCCAUUACGGCUGCGACAAGUCGAACGACUUAUUUGCAUAGUACAACGACUGCAAAGACGGAAUCGAAGGAGUACGAUUCGGAAGAAGAUUAUGAAGAACUCGAGGAAAGCAAAGAAGAAGAAGAAGAAGAAGAAGAGGAAGAAGAGGAAGAGGAAGAAGAGGAAGUAAAGGAAGAACCAAAAACUACUACCACAGCGAAACCACUUGUGUAUAAAACACUUACCAGAAAUAGACCAAGUACGACCACUACUACGACUACUACCACUUCGAAACCAAGUGAACCGGAGAGAAUCAUCGACAAUGAAGACGAAGAAGAUCCGAAAGUUAUCAAAGAACUCAUCGAUCUUAUCAAAAAAGCUGGUGGAAUAGAAGAGUUGGAAAAGCAAUUGCUAUUUCAAGAAAAGAAUUCGGACACCAAAUCGGGCAGUGAAAGCAUUACACCAGCUACAAUUAGUCGCAGUUUAUACGAGCGUGUAUUAAUUCGCCAGGCGAACAAACUCGGUAAUCAGCGACCUAUAUUAUCGUCCUCAGAAAUCAGUUAUGUGAACGGGCCAGGAAGAGCACAGUUCGAAGGCUUGGACGAUAUCCCCGAAGUGAAGAGUCUCAGGCGAUCGCAGAAACCUCAAUACGUCACUAUUGAGAGAUCCAAAUCGGUUACGAAAGAUUCUCCCUCGGACGACGAAGAUAUCGUUGAGAUCGAGGAAGAUGAUAAUACUGACGUAGCUACUUCUGAGGAGAAAAACGUCAGUAAUCCGUUAGAUGAUAGCUCGUCCACACAACGAGUGACACCAAGUUACGUAAAUAUUCGACGAACGCGACUCUCCACCACGACGUCUAGAACCGAGAAUGAUGUGGAACAGAAGGAAGUAGAAAUCGUGGAACAAAGACCGACUCGUAGACGACGACCAUUCGUUUCUUCGAGACAAGAUAAUGAAGCAAACUCUGAAACGUCUAAAUCUUUUCGAACUCGUGAUUCAAGUUUCAGGAAAUCAGAGAAGAGAGACGAAGUAAAAAAUACGGAUCAAUCAGCAGAGAAAGACGAUGAAUCAACAGCCAAAUCUAGGUAUACCAACGUACAAAGGUUCAGAAGUACUACUUUGAAAACUGAAGAGAAUUUGUCUAGCUUAGCACCCUUACCAGAAGUCACCAGCGUGACUACUUCACCGAAACUAGAAGAGCAUUCAGAAGUACCCAAGACAACAGCUGGUACAACCAUUUCGUCCACGACACCUGCGACCACUUCGACUUCCACCGAGGUCAUUACCGUGAUCAGCGUUGAACCGCCGGAAAACUCAUCUAGUGUCAGUCCUAAAGCGGACAUCAGCUCCACUACUGACGCAGUGAAACUGGUAGAAGAUUCAGCGACGGAGAUCCUGUUGACAACAUUGCCGGCAACUAGCAGCAGCUCAAGUCAGUCGACGACGACUACAACGGCUACGUUGGCGAGCAGAUCGACAAUUGCCGCGGUAUCACAACCGCGACCGUUCGGUUUCCCCAGACGAAGAAUCGGUACAUCAGAAACAACGACAACGGCGACAACUCCAUUAAGCAGGUUCAAGGUCGCCGAUUCGGAAGCUAUCAGGCUGCCGACCCUGAAGGAAUUGAUCGGCUAUCCGACGACUGACUACGACGAUCGUACCCCCACGACGUUGUCGUCCGUACUCUUGCACUUGCUGCGUAACGACGUGGACAACGACAUUAGCCGGCAGAACGUCGAGGAGUCGUUGAAAGGAACAGACGAGUUGGAAGAAAGCGAAAAAGAGUUUGGCCAGUCAUCGAGAAAUGUGAUCGAAGAGACCGGUGACUUGUGGUUGCAACAAGCUUCAAAGAACAAAGCAAAAUCUCGGGCUCCAAGAAAGGAAUACGUCACAAACUUUGAUGAACGAGUUUCAGUCACAAACACAGUCGAAGGAGACGAGAACAAACAAAAGAUAUCUACGACCUCAAUCUAUUUAAAGCCGACAACAAUGCGCGGCAUUCCUCUCGCCAGUCUUAUUCCCAACCCAAUAAUCCGUGGAUUUUACGUCACCAAGAGCGAGAACGAUGUAUCAUCUUCGAAAUUGAUAGAUAGUUCUACGCUAUUUCACACGACGAUCGACAUUCCUAUUGAACAGCAGACAGAAAGUACUUUAAUUUCCGACAUUUCUACUGGUGAAACCGUCACUGUCACUCAUCGUGAAACCGUCACUGUCACUCAUCGUGAUGCGACUGAACCAGAAUUCGAUGUAAACGAUGUCGUUAAUGAUAACGACAUUCAUAUUAAUAAAGAAAAAUAUUCCACGCCUAGUUCGUCAGAGAUUUUCUCGAAAGAUUCUGAUAACACUGAGAAUAUAUCGAAUCAUGAAAAACCUAACUUAGUUACAAUUCUUGUCAACAGACAAACGUCCAAAAAAGAAAAAUUGAUGUCUAACUUCGAUCAUAAUACACCUCUUUCCAACGCUCGUGUCGAAACUUCAACAACGCCAACAAGACGAAGAAUUGCUCUAACUAUAAGCAAGUAUAACGAAGCUACCACUCCAUUGUGGUCGGGCAGACGUAUAGUGGCAAAGAGAAGACACAGGACCACCGUCUCGCCAAUCAAGGACGCCAUAAGACAAAUUGAGAGUGAUUCAAUUUACCCUGCGACAAACAUCCUAAGAAAUACUUCGCUAACAACUAAGUCCGCUUCGACAUUGACUUCAAGAAGACGUAAACUUCCCACGACUUCGACGACACCUCUGAACGUGCCCGAUUCCACAGCAUCUCUUGAUAUUUUGAAUAUUCACAAUGAUUUCAUAAUAAAUUCAAAAGACACAAAAAUCGAAAACUCGGAAAAUUAUGCAACUGUAAAAGCCACGGUAACCUCGAUGAACUCGGUAAUCGCAGCAACACCUUCGAUCUCAAAAAUCAUUCCGACGACAAAUGAUCCCAUUACUGCUAACGUUCCAACUUUUUCAAAUGAUCAUACAACCAUGACGGUACCUGCAGUUGCAAAUGCGCCUAUUACGAUACCAUCGAUGAUAGCAGUUUCAAAAGCACCCAUAGUUGCAACUGAUGCUACAAUCAAUACAUCCGCAACAAUAAAUGAUGGAGUUGAAACUACUCUGAAUUAUUUCGUAACUGAUAAUCAAGCAAUCAAGAAUACAAACGAAAUUCUAUCUGAUUCUGCAAUUACGAUCGUACCAAGCAUUAAAACUGAAAUUACUACCGAAAAUGUAAAUUCCGUAGUUUCAGAGACAACUGUAACUGAUCCUGCGAUUACAAUUGAACUUGCAAAUACUGAAGUCGAAAGUACAUUCACGACAAAUUAUUCUACAAUCACGAUACCAGUAACUGUUAGUACGCAGGAAAUUGCAAUUGAUUCUGCAAACGUAACUACAGUUACAAAUGCUGAUAUUGGGAUUACUUCUAUAAUUGCAAAUGAUUCUACAGUCGCAAUUCCAACAACGGUAAAUACGUAUAAUGUUAAAACUGAUGGAGCUGCUAAUGAUGGAGUUGAAACAUCUUCCACGAUAGAAAAUUAUCCCACAUUCACUACUACAGCAAUUAAAAAUACUACAACAAUUCCCAUUCCUACAACUGCUUCACCACUAAAAACGAUUAUUUCUUCUUCAACCAUGGACAUGCAACAUGUACGUGCUACUACAUCUAUGACAACGAGUAAUCUCUCAAAUGAAAAUACUGUAACUGAAAACAUAACAACUACGACUAUGCCUCUUAACAUAAUUAUUCCAACAAUUACUGAUUUAAAUAUAAUUACACUAUCUGCAAAUACGAGCAUUUCUUCUACUUCAACAACUAGCGAGAUUCCGCCAACUACGAUUCAAUUUAGAACUAAUUCUGUGACUUCAUCCAAAGCUCUUAUUACAAGUGCAGUCAUAAAUUCAACGAGUUUAGCUGCUCCCACAACUUUAACAACCGAAUCUUCUACGAUACAUCAUACAGAUCUAAAUAAUAUUGAUAACAAUUCUGAGAUAUUAACUGUCACCGCAACUGCAGAAUCUACUCAAACUACUAACAUUCCUACGACAUUCGAAAACCCUGAAAUAUUUACCUCCACAGCGACCGCAUUUUCAGAGCCUCUUUAUAAUACAAAUUUUGAAACAUCAGUUGUAACAACUGCAUUGUCGACUCAAGAGGACGAAAGUUCCUCGACAUCAAUAGUUCAUACUCAAACUCCUUCAACCUUCCUUUCGACUGCAACAUCGAUUACUAACAAAGCGACUGUAGCUUUAGAAAAAUCUACAACUUCCGCGACGCUCUCUACGACUUCCGGCGAAUCAAUUGCAACAAAUUCCAUAAUCCAAACAAUUACAAACACUUAUAAACCAGAUUUCGUACGAACGAUAAGCGAAGAGUCGAUAACGCCAGAACAAAAGACAGAUUUCAAAGAAGUUAUAAAAACACAAAUUCGAACUAAAAAUCGAACAAGCAUUAACAAGUCGAGUUCUACACAAACUGUGAGUGAUUCUACAACUCCAGAGAUGAAGAUAGUGUCUGAAGAAGCUAUUUCAAAAGCUACAGAAAGCCGAAAACACAAUCAAACGACUUCAAAACCCGAUACAAUCAAUUAUCACUCCAGUCAAAAAACCGCCAGACGUCGCGUUUUAAAUCGAACAAACAAUUGGCUUGGAAGUCCUCUAACGUUGCAAAGAACUAACCAAUAUCCUCAACAUCGGGCUACGUUAUAUCGCGGACGAUCACAAAGGCCUUCUACUUUUACUUCGUCUUCAAAAACGAUUGAGAAUAAUCGUAGAAGAAGAAUCAAUCAGAAGAGAAUCAGAAUUAACUCCGAAGCGUUCAAUAGCACUACUAGACUCGAUCAAGAUAUUGAUAUUCAGAAUACUACUAAAGAUAAUAUUUAUCGAGUGGAAAAUGGAAGAAGAAUGAAAAUUGUAUCGAAGAAAAUUAAGGAAAGAGUCGAGAAAGAACCAACUACCACUUUACCUAUAAUAGAAACAACUUUAGUUCAGACUACUGUUGCUGAGAAUAAAAUGCUUCAAAUUCAUCAUGAAAACGGAAAUAUUGAAGAAAAACGGAAGGAUGUAUCAAAAAAAAUAAAACAAUCUCAAGAAAGCUUUACAAUGAAAGAAUCCAGUAUCGAUUAUAGUUCUACUAAUGAGAGUCUUCCAAAUAAUAGUCAAAGUAAUCUUUAUGUAUCCGAGGAUUCUUCUAAAUUAGAAAAACCGAAAGAGUUAAUAAAUGUUAUAUUGAAAGAUGAUAUUAGAUCUAAAUCUGAGGAAAAGAAUCCAAUUGAAGAAACAAGUGUAGAUUCUGAUUCUAUUAAUACAAAUCUUCAAGACAACUUUUCUUAUACAAAUAAGAAUCUCUCUGACAGAAGAAAUGUAGGAAGAAGAGCGAGAGUUGUAUUGAAAAGUGUCAAGCCUAAACCUGAGGAAAAAAAUUCCAUAAAUGAAGAAACAAAUGCGGAUCCUGAUUUUGCGUAUUCUAUCAAUAAAAAUCAUCAAAAUAAUACAAAUAAUUUUAACAUAAAUCAGAAUUUUUCCAAUGGAAAAGAAACAAGAAGAAGAAUGAGAGUUAUGAAGAAAGUUAAAUCUAAAUCCGAAGAAGAGGGAACAACGACUGAAGAAGUCAGUACAGAAUAUAAUUCAAAUGAAAGUCUUGAAGGCACUUUUUCAAAUAAUUUUUACAGCGAUAGGAAUUUUCUCUCUGAACAUGGAACCAAAAGAAAAAUGAGAGUUGUAUUAAAGAGCGUCAAACCUAAGUCUGAGGAAAAGAAUUCAACAGUUGAAAAAACACCUAUAGAUUCUACUUCUACUAAUAAAAGUCUUCAAGAUACUUUUUCAAAUAAUUUUCAGAGUGGUAAAAAUCUUUCCAUCGAACAUGGAACUAAAAGAAGAAUGAGAGUUGUAUUAAAAAACGUCAAACCUAAACUUGUGAAAGAAAAUUCAACAGUUGAAGAAACGAGUGUAGAUCCCAAUUCUAUCAAUCAAAAUCUUCAAAACACUUUUUCUAAUCAUUUUCACAGAGGUAAAGUUGUUCCUCUCAAACAUGGAAGUAGAAGAAGAAUGAGAGUUGUAUUGAAGAGCGUCAAACCCAAAUCCGAAAAAAAAAAUUCAACAGUUAAGGAAACAAAUGUAGAUUCUGAAACUACCGAUGAAGAUCUUCUAGAUAGUUUUUCAAAUAACUUCCACACGAAUAAAAAUCUUUCCAAUGAAAAGGAGACACGAAAAGGAAUGGAAGUUGUAUUGAAAAGCGUUAAAUCUCAGUCCAAAGAAAUGGACUCAGUAGCUGAAGAAACAAAUGCAGAUUCUAACUUUAUCAGAAAGGAUAUUCAAGUACUUCACGCGUUCAAGUUUUUACACUUUUCAAAUAAUCUUAAUGUGAGUGAUAAUCUUCCCGUCAAGAAAAAGAUAAUAAAGUAUUCUAAAUCCGAGGAAGAGGAAACGAUGACCAAACGGCCGGAAGACAUAGUGCCGCAGAUCACGAGGACGUCUGUUCCGGUCGAGGAGGACACUGAACAACCCUCGCUCGAGGUGACGAACAGUGGUUCGGUUAGUCACAAUCCAGGAAACGGAUAUUCUAACAGACACAGAAAACCGACACCGUUCACAACGACUACUCCGCUAACCAACACCUUGUCGAACACACUGAUCGUUCAUCGAAGAGGUAGACCACCAACCGAGUCUACCAUAUCACCAAGAAUAGAUUUCGUGGACUCGUUCGAGGGCAAUGAAUAUAUCAAGCCGACCGCCGUCUUGCAUGAUCAGAAUGCAGACGUGUCCGAUCAAAGCAUCCGCGCUCAAGAAUUUGCGGUGACAUUGUCGGAUCCGCCGUCCUCGUCAUCGGACAUUGGUCGAACGCCGUUAAGGGAUGCUGAUAGGCGCAAGAUAAGCACCACCGUAGCACCUAGAACAGACCCUACGACCAUUAGGACGGUCUCGAGGUACGAUACAAACUUUCGAAGCCGCCAGAGAAUUCGGCCAAAAGACAGGCCUACGGUGAACGCGACCACAAGGCCCAGAAGACCGCUGGUGAUCGACUACGAUUAUUACGAGGACGAGGUGCCGAUCAUCGUCGGCAAGUCCGCCCUAAACAGUAAACUCUUCCUCACGAGUAAGGGUACCAUACGCUGCCUGGACCAGGGCAACUUUCCGCAUCCAUAUUCGUGCAAGAAAUUCAUUACCUGUGCCCGUAUGGUGAACGGCCAGGUGAUCGGAACCGAGUAUACCUGUCCCGAUAAACUGUCCUUCGAUCCGGUCGGCGGUAUGUGCAAUUGGUCCGCCGGUCUUGGUUGUAAGGACUGAUCGCUUCGCUUUAAUCACUCGAUAGUCCAGUAUAAGGAAAUUAUCUUAAAUUUUAUUGUAAUAGCCCAAUUAAGUUUUAUUGUAAUAGAUCUAUGUUUUCCAGAAUUUAUCUUAAUCCUUAGCUGCAUUGGCAGGGUACAAAUGUACCUCACAAUUACGCAAAUAUUUCUUGCGUGGCACAAAAUUACUAUAAAAUAUUUGCAUAAUUGUAUGCGGUGGAAUAUGUUUGUAUCCCAUCAAUGUAAUUAAGGAUUAAUUUGGUAAAUCUAUUUCUUUUGUUUCUACGUGAUUACAAAAAUACCGAAAAAAGGCAUUAAAUUAAGCGUUAAAUUAAAUUUUACUUGAAAUGUUAGUGCAGUUAAAUCUCAACUUUAUUUCCUCUAUUUGUUCGAGCAGAAUAAAAUUAAAUAUGUUAAUUUUGUAUUUACUUCGCGCAGAAUAUAUAUUUCCUAAUUAUACAUAUUUAAAUAACACAUCUUUUUAUUUAUUUCCGUUAUGUAUAGGAUAUCUUCGAAAAUUAAUAUGACUGUCGAGUGAUUAAGAUUAUUAUUGCGAUAUUUCGAAAGAUAAAUAUUCAAUGAAUUGCUUGAUUUAAAAUUAAGAGAGAGAGAGAGAGAGAGAGAGAGAGAGAGAGAAAUUCCUAAUCUCAAAAAAUAAAUUUUUAUAAAAAUAUUUCAAUUUAUGUUCUUUUCACAUAUAGUAAUGCAUGAAAUGUUAUUACUUUUAGACUCAAGCUUUACUACCUUUGUAAGAUGAUGAACAAACACAUUUGACAAAAAUCAUCGUUCAUAUUACUACAUAUAGAAUUGUAAUAACGAUAGGAAACAAGCGUGAAGUUGGAUUAUUCGUUCGAGGAGACUUAAAUUGAUAUUAAUUAGAAGGCCAUAACUGCACUCGUUCCUUCUUCAUUUCUAAAAAAAUAAUCAGUUUUUCUUUCAGACUAGUAAUACUACAUUUUAAUACAUAUUUUCAAAAAAUAGAAUUUUUUUUAUCUUUCUCAAGAAUGUUCGUCUACAAUUUUUCCUACAUUUGUAAAAUUUUUAGUGGCGUCUUUAAAAAAAUUGAUUUACGGUCAUUGACUACGAAGCGGAAUAUUUUCAGGCAAUCAUUUCGAUGAAAAUGUAUUUCGUCUACUUAUUGUACGACCGUGCAAUAGCCAUAUAAUUGAGCGAAAACGCAGAGCGGUGAUAUUAUCGUUAAAGUCUCUUUGUGUAAAUAUUAAUAGUGUUAUAAGUAGCGAGUAAGAUAAGCGUACUUUUUGCGGGCGCUAACUUAUCUGUAAAUUUUCGUGAUUAAGUCCUCCCUGUUUUAUAAGGUACGUCCAUCCGAUGAAGAAAUAUACGUUAAUAAAGCUUACUCGACUCUCAUCGGCGUACCGAGUACAUCGAAUCUGUAUGUACCGAAGAUUUUUGUACGUGAAAUAAAAGUAUCGCUUUAACCACACA